AUGCACCAUAGCAAAGGUGCUGAACCCCUCUCUCCCUCUCUCUUUCUCUCUCUCUCCAAGUUUAUCAGCAAGAUGGCUUCAAUUAUGGCAAAGCUGCCUCCACCGCCGCCUGUGGUGGUAGAUGGAAGAAAGCUGCAGUGUGGAAUUGUGAAAUUAGCCCUGCCUUCCAUUGGAGAGCGACAAGGUCGUCUUGCAGUAAUAGUAAAGGCGACAGGUGAAAGCUCUGAAUCGUCAACUUCACUGAGUGUUAUUAAGAACGUUCAGAAUCUUUGGGAUAAAUCUGAAGAUCGAUUGGCUCUAAUUGGUUUGGGAUUUGCAGCUGUUGUGGCUCUAUGGGCAUCAACAAAUCUGAUAACGGCCAUCGACAAACUUCCUGUUCUCCCAAGUACACUUGAAUUUAUUGGGAUACUGUUUUCGACUUGGUUCACAUAUCGGUAUCUCCUAUUCAAACCUGAUAGGGAAGAAUUGUUUCAAGUAAUCAACAAGAAGAUAUCCGAUAUCUUGGGCCAAUAA